AAGGGAACCUUUCACCACUUGAGCUAUUCAUGUGCACGGUUAACUCAGUAACCAUGCAUGCUGUUGCCCAUGCCCAGCUGGAAGUGACUUGCUGUCCUCUUCCGCUGUCUGAAGCGAGACCAUGAGUCAACCGACUACAGGUGUGGCAGCUGCAAAUAUUCAACAAAUGUAUUGGCCUAAUAUAAGUAAUCUUUGACAUCUCGUGUGAAAGACCACAAGUCAUGGACGUCAAUCAUUGCUAGAAGUUUCCACUAAGAGCCAAGUUAUGAAACAACAACAGGAAAUGAGACAAAGAGACAAAACUGAGUAUAGCAAAACAGUCAUUUGAUUCUGGAGACGUGGCUGAUUGCCACAUAAAGACGUAAUCAUGGCGGGUGUACAGAAACAUUUUGCAGUUCUCCUUUAUCUGACAGUUCUUGCCUCUAAUGGUCAAGGGCAGACAACAUCAACGUGGCUGUUGUCCGGUGCGAUGGACAUCUACAUAGGACUGGACUGCUCGGGCAGCCUCUCUGAUGCGGACUACGCCAAAGAGAAGAACGACACGCUGGCCUUCAUCAGGCAACUGCCUGUCAAUCCAAACGGAACGUGGGUAGGCGUCAGACCUUUCAGCUAUGACGUGGCGGACACAGAGAUUAGUCUCACGGGUAACAUGACCAUACUAGAGCAGGGCAUUCCUAACCUUCCGCGCAUGAAAGGCACCACGGAUAUCAGCAACUUUCUGCUGGUAGCCAUUGGGAAGCUUAUGUCCGCAAAUGCACGCAAUGUACUCAAGAUGCAGUGUAUCGUCAUAUUCACGACGGUUACUCUCGCUACCCAAGCCGAGUGGUCAACGCGGUGGACCUGGCGACCAAAAACAACAUCCAGAUAUUCGCCGUGCCCAUCGGCACCCGCAUCAACGUCCCCAGCCUCAACAGCCUUGUGGGCCCCAACAACACCAUCAGCUCUGCUGCAUCACUCCCACAAGACCUUCAGACAUACGUGCAGGUGGAAGAAGCACGUUUGGCUGCGACUUAUCCCACAACAACUCCCUUUGUCGAAGCAACUCCGACUGGUUCGACACUAGUCAGCGCCUCCACGUCUUCUACUUUUUCUACCAGUCAAAGGGAUGUCAACACCACAGUCAGCGUCGUUUACACCACCUCACAAGAAGACGUCACAAGCUCCGGUCUUACGUCACAGCAGCCCAAGAUAACUCGACCCUCCUGGCCGUUUCUUCCACUUCACCAAAUGAUGGCAACAACACACGUAUUACUUCUAUGUUGCCUAGCAACAGCAGCUCUCCCUCUACUGCACGCAGCAGCCAGCCAGACGUUAGUGGGACAGGUGCAAGUGAGGUCACCGCCACGUCAGGCACUUCUGUCGAGGCCUACAGCACCAGUGGUGCAACUGUACACCAGCCAACUGCAAUGUCUCAGAAUGGCGCCUCCACUACAGUCUCCAUCGGGACUUCAGCCACCACAAACAGCUCCACAGUAACUUUUACUUCCGGUGCAAGCUCUUUAGCUGGUAAUUCCACGAGCUCUGCGCUUAGCUCAGUGAGUAAUUCUACAACCGCGACACCUAGCUCGGUGGGUAAUUCUACUGGUGCCACACGAAACUCAGUGGGUAAUUUUACCGCAUCUAAUUCGGCCGAUGCUUCCUCUACCGUCACACACAGCUUAACAACUGCAACACUUAUUUCAGUACGCAAUUCUACAACUACCAUGGUUAAUUCCGAAAGUAAUUCCACUACCACCACAUUGAACUCAGUCGUUAAUCCUACUACUGCUGUACCCAACUCAACGGUAAUUCUACUACUGUUGUACCCAACUCAACAGGUAAUUCUACUACUGUUGUGCCCAACUCAACCGGUAAUUCUACUACUGUUGUACCCAACUCAACAGGUAAUUCUACUACUGCUGUACCAAACUCAACCGGUAAUUCUACUACUGUUGUGCCCAACUCAACCGGUAAUUCUACUACUGUUGUGCCCAACUCAACAGGUAAUUCUACUACUGUUGUACCAACUCAACCAGUAACUCUACUAAGGCCGAAUCCAACUCACCAAUUACCAAUCCAAUUACCAACUCAGGUAGUUCUACUACUGCUGUACCCAACUCAACAGGUAAUUCUACUACUGUUGUACCCAACUCAACCGGUAAUUCUACUACUGUUGUGCCCAACUCAACAGGUAAUUCUACUACUGCUGUGCCCAACUCAACAGGUAAUUCUACAACUGCUGUACCCAACUCAACAGGUAAUUCUACUACUGUUGUACCCAACUCAACAGGUAAUUCUACUACUGCUUGUACCCAACUCAACCAGUAACUCUACUAAGGCCGAAUCCAACUCAACUGGUAAUUCCACUACUGUAACGUUAAGCCCAGUCGGUAUUUCUACAUCCGGUAUAGUCAUCUUCACGAAUAAUUCCACUUCUCGUGCAACCACCUCCACUGGCACUUUGGCUACUCCUGUAAACAACUCAUUUGGUAAUUCAUCUUCCAGUACAGUAGCCUCUGUUGGUAAUGUUACUUCUGGUGCAGUGAGUUCAGUCACUAAUUCCCUUUUCUGGUUCCGUCGACACAUUUGGCACUUCAGCCACAGAAAACGCUAUUACCAGAGCCAGCUCUUCCAGUUCUCUCUCGUCCUCGUCACCCAUCUCAGCCAGUAAUAUCUCGGUAGGUACUGUCAACUCAUCGGGCAAUGCGACAUCCAGUCCAUCUCAAUCUUUCUUCACUUCUGCUACCACCACAGUCAACUCGGGCGGUAAUGACUUUCUCACUGCAACAAACCAAGGAGGUGAUCCCAUUCUUGGUAGAAGCACUUCCGGUGAAGUCACUGCUAUCAACACAGAUAAUUUACUCAGUAAUUCCACAAUGAGAACAGUCAACUCCCUUGGUAAUUCUACUUCAGCGCCAACCAACUCGCUUCGCAAUUUUACUGUCAGUCCAACCAGCUCAGUCAGCUCUGCGACUAGUGUUGCAGCCAACUCUGCUGGUGCUACUACUACACCCAGCACAGUGGAUAAUAGCUCUACCAGUGCAAGGAGCUCCACUGGCAGAUCGACCAUCACCACAGUCAUCCUCGGCGAUAAUUCUACAGCUAGCAUAGUCACUUCACUCGGUAAUUCUACUUCUGCAGCAACCAGUUCGGUCAGUAAUUUCACCCUCAGUGCAGCCACUUCAGGUGGAAGUUUCCCCGGGAGCACGGCGAACGCGGAUGGUACUUUGACUACAGCUACAACCAACUUGAUUGGUAAUUACACUUCUAAGGCAAACAGCUCGUUUGGUAGUCCUACAUCUGGUCCAAACAGCUCCGUUGACAUUUCUACUACAACAAUCAGAUCAGUUGGUAAUGCCACGUCCAGCACGCCUAGCUCCAUUGGUGCUUCUAGCACCACAAACCUGGCUGGUAAUUCUACUGCUGCCACAUCACUUACAUCUACUGAAGACACAUCGCCGUCUAGCACUAACGUUAAAUCUUAUUCCUUUGCAUCCACAGCCACUGGAAACAAUUCCUCCGGUGACUUAACAGCCUCAACACUUCUUGUAGCUGGCAACAAGUCAGAUGUGACGCAGACGCCUGUUGAAACGGGUUUACAGAGAAAAGAAAUUCGGAUCUUUUCAAGUGCAGGUUCUACAUCGGCCACGGCUACUGGAAGAACCAAUGCAGCGUUCACUGUAUCGAACACCGAAAACAUAGUGGCCAGCAGUGGCACAACACCUGGGACUGUAGCAAACAUCACUGUUUCUAAAAGCACAUCGAACUUACAAGAUGCUCCUUCAACCCUACCCUUAACCAUAAAUGCCAGUACAACAAACAAUGGAUCAUAUUCUGAUGUGAGUGGUCCAACUGUUAUUCCCGAUGGAAGUAACACCCCUACAGGCACCCUGUUAACCCCGACGUUCUCCAUGACAACCAACAGAUCGACGACAGCUCCAUUGUUUAAUUUUACUAACAUCAUUGACACAACUAGACCAAGUACUUACUCUGAACUUACAAGCUCCACCAACACGAUGGGCACUUCUGUGAACUCCACGAGCAGACGACAAGACGCCGAUUGGUCAGGCAGGCGUCGGCAUUACGGAGCCGGCAGUCAGAACUGGAACCACGAUGGACAUCGAGACCGGGCACGAGACGAUCUCUGGAACCAGCAGAGACGUGUCGUGGCCUCGAGACUGGACCCUCACGACAGAGCGAGGGCUUGCUAAUGUCAGCAGCGAGCGUCACAGCAGUGACCCCAAUCCCACCAGCAUAAUUCCUUCCGACACAGAUGAUACAACGCCUCCUGCAAGCAUCACAGACAGGGCGACGACCCCAGCUAAGUCAGGGGGAAUAUGCGCCAGUAAAGAAUUAGUGAUGUCAUCCGGCGUGGGUCAUCUUCGUCAUCCCUAUAGAUGUGACCUCUACAUUCAGUGUUACAAAAGCCCCGAUGGCAACGUCAUCGCCGUCACUCGACAGUGCAAGCCGGGACUGCUCUGGAAUCCCACUCUCGGAGCCUGUGACUGGGCGUUUAAUGUGAACUGCCCAAUGGACAAGUGCCGGACUUCGUCUCUGCAGAACACAACAUGGCGGGCAACUGUCGAGCCUUCUGGUCAUGCCAGCAAGGACGCUCCACGGCGAUGUGCUGCAGGGCGGGGUCAGCCUACUUCCCAGGUCAAGGUUGUGUGGCUUGCGCUAAGUGCCAGGACCCUUGCCCAGAAAAUGCCGCAGUGGUGAUAUUUGCAAAGUAAGACCGGUCUGGGGCUCACCUUCCAAUUACCAGAUAGACCUUGGCUUGUUUGGAUGGAUGACGUCCACGUGUUUUUCUGGUACCUUUAAUCUUGCUUCCUGCUCCUGCUCAACAUUCAACACCUUCAGUACCAGAGGGUGUUCGCUGUACUUGUCUCUGACUUUCAACGACGCUGUUUCCGAGUACAGCAAAAUACAGAUGAACAAUCUUCCUUACUGACAGGGGAUCUGCUGUCUUUGUGGGAAAUUCAGCCAUAACAGUGCCAUUUACUCCGGCUGAGACUUACUUGCGGCUAGCGGAAAAGCCUCUGGUGCUGAGACUCCGCUACAUGGAGCAGUCCCCAUUGAGCAUGCUUAGUGUCAUCGUGAGGUCGACACCCUGUGAGACUGGAGGUCAGCUGGUUCUGUAUGCCGAUGACGAUGGCAUUUAUGUGAAGAUCUUUAGCCAGCAGGGCGAAGUGGCAUCAGUGACAUUGCUGACAGAGGGCUUUGUCCCCACCAUAUGGAAAAUGUUGGAGGUGAGGUACACGGUAAAUCAGCUGACAGUCUCCGUCACCUCCGGUUCAUUGACCUACAUGUCUUCAGUGAAAGUUCCAAUCAGUCUAAGUAUGGCAGACUGCGGCUGGACUUUAGGACAUCCCGUUGAUAUCAGGCAACUCCAGGUCUAUGCAGGCCGAAUGGAUGAUGUUCAAAUCUUCUACUGCACGAUGUAAAACUGCAAAAAUGUUUCUUUGGGCUACCACCUGCCCACUCAUCUGAUGUCACAGAUUUUUUAUUUGUUUAUUCAUUAUCUUGUACAAGUAGUUCAGCAUUUGAGUGGGUUUUAUGUUUAUAGUUAUAGUUCUGCAUUUUUUAUACUGCGCCAAUUUUCUUCUUUAUAGACUCAUAAAAUAUACUUUAUUGCCACAAUGCACACUUUUUUGUAAAUAUUUGACAUGAUAAGCAACAGAAACUCAUAGGGUACAGGGCAUUAGUACACAUUUUGUGCUUGAGACUAAAUAAUUUUACUGGAUCUAGCAUUUAUCGUCAUGUGUGCUGAUCAGGUUCUUAAACACAAUUUCCAUCACAGAAAAAUGCUUGUAGGUGAUUAUAUGUGUGUAUAUAUUUAUUUAUAUAUAAAAACAAGAGAAUUAUUUUAGCGUCAGUACAAGCUAGAGCACUAAAAGAAUGUGUUAAGAGUACCUUCACAUCACCAAGCCUGGCAGUGCUGGCAGAGACAAGAGUAAGACAGAAACCUAUAGAACUGAUAACAAGAGGACAGCCAAAUGCUACUAUAAAAUGCAGUGUCUCCCACCAGAACACCCAGAAGGACAGAUUCUCUCACAGCUCCAAAGGUAUGAACAGUUUGCCUAACACCACAACCACUAUCCAAACAUACUCAACAUAAAAAACACAAAGGAAGCAGGAACAAAAAACCAACAUUACAGCAUCUUACCCACACAACGACAUGCCAACAUUGUCACAGACACUUCUACAUCCACAGAAUUUGACCUCACAAAAUACUGCAAACAGAAACAAAGCUUAGACUAGACAUUAAAUUCCUUUGAAUUACCUUUGGAAUAAAAGGAAAUUUUGAGGCUGGUGAACUAGCUAGAUUGGCAGACAAACAAAAUACUGAAAAGAUGUGUGCAUAAGUGUAUAAAACAUUGUGCUCGACAAAGCUUGAGUAAAGGGCUAGAUUUUGCAGUUUAGCAAAAACAUUGUCAAUCACGAAUCAUUCAAUCACCUUGUCACCAAUCCAAAUAUUUCUAUUUCACCAGCUGAGACGAAUAACCAUAAAACCAACUAUUGAAAAAGGUGGCAUGAAAAAUAAAUGCUACCAACUAGCAUAUAAUUCUACCACUGGAAACGUGGCAGCAUCCUGAACCCAACAGCAAAUUGCAACCAAUAUAAGAGAGCACCACUUACAGCAAUAAACAUGUGGAAAAAUGGAUCAGUGACCCUUCCCCUUCAAACUUCUCAAUAUCCCUAUCUAUCCCUAACAGGUAUAAUCACCUCAGAUUCAUUCAUCCACCUGACAUCAACAACAAAAAUUUGUUACUUAAAGAUAGGUCUUCUGAAAACAUUGGCUUGUUUUCCAUAUACUCAAAGAGUUAUUGUCUAUCCCUUUUGAGUUUAUUUGGUGAAAUCAUGCUUAACUGAAACUGCUGCUUAAAAGAUUGUAUGUAGUUUUGAGAUCAUUCUGAAAUGCAGAUUAAUAAACACUUUUGUAAUUUUU